AUGAAACCACUAAACCUGCUCAACCGGUGCACAAUUUUAUCGCUGCGUGUUACUUUGUUUAUCAGUCAAUUGAUGGGCGGAACAACUUUUACCUACGAUACGAAGAUUCGAAAAUUUCGAAAAUCGGUCUGGCUGCAAUCCCAUGCUAUGAUUUUCACGCUCCUCCUCUUCUUCAUUGUUAUAUUUGUAGUAAGCCUGAAAGGCCUAUUUGCAUAUUUAGGAAUUAUUGUUCGGAUUAUCUGCGAGUGCAUUGUAUUGCUAAUGGUGCGAUGCCACGUUCAUCGCUAUAGUGACCAGUGUGUGCGGUUGCUGAACGAAAUGCAGGAGAUGGUGCACCAACUGAUCGUCCUGGCCAAGCAUCCUAACAUAUUUCGGGUUUCUCACUUGCUGCUGCUUCUGCUCACACUCCAGAGCAUGCUUCGCUCUCUGAUGAUGCUAGUAUAUUCCCACGCCAGAUUUGGCUUUAUCUUCUUCUGCUUCAGCACAUCGUUACUGUUCGCCUUCCUGCUGCAGGUCAGUAUCAAUAUUUGCCUCUUCAUUGUGCUGAUCGCCUGCUAUGAGGAGCUCCAACAGUGCACGCGUCGCAUAUCGAACGAUGUCCGUACCCUACGCCAGGCCCAGGUCUUAGAGGGUGGCCAGCUUCUGGUGCUUGUGGAACAGUUGCGUGGCAUUACCGAAGAACUGAUCCGAUUGCGCAUGUGCAUCUUUCGCAUUACCACAAAGUUAAUCAAACACUAUCGUUUUCAUUGGCUGUGGACGAUUCUGUACUGGCUCACUGUCUCCCAGACCGACACAUUGACUCCAGUCAGUGGCGAAGAAAUUAUAUAUAAGCAGAUAGUUGCUUUACUAAAUAUAGCAUUCUACUGCACUAUCUUUGAGAUUUUCGUGUGGAAAUCGAAACUGUCACGUAGUUUUUGGAAUUUCCAUCUCACGAAUUAUCAUGUGGGAUUUGAUCGGACGAUCGACGAGUUGCUACAUUUGGAGUUUGUCGAGGACAUUAAAAUUUCAGUCUAUGGUAUAAGAUUGGAUAUGAAAUUUCUCUUCAAGAUCGUAUCAAUAUACAUACUGUGCAUAUUUGUGGACAUCAAGGCCAACCAAGAGCGACUGCCUCUUCAGAUAUCAAAUUAA